AUGGCGGACGAGUAUCCGUCUUCGUUCCGUUCGGAACAGAUGAGUCUGGUACAACUUAUCGUACCGACUGAAGUUGCCCAUGAUACCAUUGCAGAGUUAGGAGAGUUGGGGAAUGUUCAAUUCAAAGACUUAAAUCCAGACGUCAAUUCGUUCCAGCGCUCAUUCGUUGGUGAGAUCCGUCGAGUCGACGAAAUGGCUCGCCGGGUGCGGUUCUUCAGUAGUCAAAUUGAGAAGGAAAAGGACACUAUCCCAAUUCGACCGCUGUACGACUCUGCGCCUUUGCUUACUGUCGGGCCUCGCGCAGCGCAUACUAUGGAUGAGCUGGACUUUAAGCUGAGGGAGCACGAGAGUAGACUUAUCCAAAUGAAUGAUAGUUACCAAGUGCUGUGUGACCGCACGAAGGAGCUGGAGGAAGCCCGACAUGUGCUGCGUGAAACAGCAGUCUUUUUCGAAAAGGCUGCUGGUUAUCAACAGGAAGUUAGGACAUCGUUCGAUGACAGUUCCGCCCCGUUGUUACAACACGACGAUCGAGAGCAGCAGUACUCUUCAGGUAGCAUUCAAUUCGACUUAGAGUUCGUCGCUGGCACAAUAGACCGUGCUCGUCUGCCUACUUUCGAACGUGUACUAUGGCGUGUCUUGCGCGGGAAUCUGUAUAUGAACCAUACAGAUAUUGCAGAGCCGUUUGUCGAUCCUGCGACUGGGGCUGAGACGCGGAAGAAUGUCUUUAUUAUCUUUGCCCACGGAGACAUGUUGCUCGCCAAAAUUCGCAAGGUAGCGGAAUCCAUGGGGGCGACCCUGUAUCCGAUUGACGCCAAUGCAGACAAGCGCUCCGACUCGAUGCGCGAAGUUUCAGCGCGUCUGGAAGACUUGCAGGUUGUUCUCUAUAACACCGGUACAAAUAGGCGGGCGGAGUUAACGAAGAUUGGGGAGAGUCUGGCCAGCUGGGUGGAUGUGGUGCGGAAGGAGAAGCUCAUUUACGAGACGCUCAACUUCCUCAAUUACGAUGCCGGGAGGAAGACGCUUAUCGCUGAAGGCUGGUGUCCAACGAGAGAUAUUCCGAUGAUACAGCUCGCUCUCAGGCAUGCGACGGAAGAGUCGGGAACCAAUGUUCCUCCCAUUCUGCAUGAGCUUCGCACAAACAAGACGCCGCCCACGUUCAUCCGCACGAAUAAAUUUACGGAGGGUUUCCAGACCAUUAUGGAUGCCUACGGUAUUGCCACAUACCAAGAAGUGAAUCCCGGCUUAUUCGCUGUUAUCACAUUCCCGUUCCUUUUCGCGGUAAUGUUCGGUGACAUUGGUCAUGGGUUUAUUGCACUUUCCUCCGCUGUGAUGAUGAUCCUGUUUGAGAGAAAGCUGGCAAGUGCUGAUCUCGGAGAGAUCCUCGGCACGUUCUUCUUCGGUCGCUAUAUUAUACUCCUCAUGGGUGCAUUCUCGAUGUACACUGGCUUCUUGUACAACGACAUCUUCUCCAAGUCGCUGCACGUAUUUUCUUCAGGCUGGACCUGGCCCUCCCAGCAUGGCAAUGGGUCUGUCCCUGCUGUCUCUAACGGCUAUACAUAUCCUAUUGGUAUUGAUCCCGGGUGGCAUGGAGCUGAGAAUGCACUGUUAUUCACAAAUUCAUACAAGAUGAAGAUGUCGAUUGUGCUCGGUGUUAUUCAUAUGACCUUCGCUAUUUGCCUUCAAGUUCCAAAUCACCUCCGCUUCAAACGACACUCGGAUAUCUGGACCAACUUCGUACCACAAAUAUUGUUCUUGCAAUCUAUCUUCGGCUAUCUUGUCGUAUGUAUCAUUUACAAGUGGACGGUAGACUGGGACACCUCGCCCACGGGGCCUCCAUCCCUUCUUAACAUGCUUAUCGGAAUGUUCCUUUCACCUGGUAAAGUCGACCCCGACACGCAGCUAUAUCGUGGUCAAAGCAUGGUUCAGACGAUAUUACUCCUAAUCGCUUUCGUAUGCGUGCCGUGGUUGCUUGUAGCAAAGCCGUACCUCGAGUGGAAAGAGAUGAAGAAGAUCCAGCACCAGGGCUAUAUCGGGCUAGGAACAGAAGACGGUCCAAGACCAACUACAGAUACGGAGCUUGAAGGGGAAGAGGAAGGUAAUGGCAGGGCCAUUGCGGAAGCAAUGGAUGAAGAGCAUGAGCAUCAUGACUUCGGCGAAAUUGUGAUUCAUCAAGUGAUUCAUACCAUUGAAUUCUGCCUAGGAUGUAUCUCGCACACAGCUUCCUAUCUGCGUCUAUGGGCUUUGUCUCUCGCUCAUGCUCAGCUAUCCGAGGUGCUCUGGAGUAUGACCUUAGCAGGCGCCUUGAAGAUGACAGGUGUCAUCGGAAUCUUUGCGAAGCUGUUUAUGGGUGUACUCUGGUUCAGCUUGACAGUGUUUAUCUUGUGUAUCAUGGAGGGCCUGUCUGCGUUUUUGCACGCGCUGCGUCUACAUUGGGUCGAAGCAAACAGCAAGCAUUAUGAAGCAGGAGGUUAUCAAUUUGCGCCGCUUAGCUUUGCGAAGAUGGGCGAGGAAUGA